AUGGAAGUUAAUUUUACCUGGUCAAAGACUUGUGAUGUUCAUACACACGCGCAUGACGAUGUAGAAAAUCUCGAGAAAAUUGGCGAUUUGAAAACCAAUAAGGUUUGCUUAAUGGGAACACGUUUAGAAGAUUUGGACGUAGUUUCCAAGCUUGCCACAGAUUUUCAAGAAAAGGUCAUUCCUUGCUUUG